AUGGCCGAGACGAUGGUUUCUACCGUUCGGGCGCCUCUCUCUGAGGCUUCGAACCGCAUCAACUCUUCCUAUCACGCUCAAGACUCCCACCGGUACAAGCCUCGUUACGAUCAAUCCGAGGGAAACAGUGCUCCUCGCUCAGGCUACAGUCAUCCUGCCGCCUACUUUUCUGGUCGACCACAUCCACCACAGGCUCAGGCUCAGGCUCAGGCUCAGCGGAACGGCCCAACCACACAGGCUCCGGAUACCCUCAAACCUCCUCAGGAUGUGGAAGAUCAGCGACGACACUCAGCAGCAUCCUACGACUCUUCAGGCAGCGGCCGUAGCAAAAAGAACUACAAGACGCAUAUCGGCCCGUGGCAGUUGGGCAAGACGCUAGGAAAGGGGUCAUCUGCGCGUGUACGGCUCUGCCGCCAUACUGCCACCAACCAGCUAGCUGCCGUCAAGAUUGUCAACCGUCGCAUGGCCUACCUCGUCCAAGACAGCAGUUUAGCAGCCCUAAGCAAGUGGGACAACAGCCUUCCUGAUCCGGCCGAUGGCGAGAUGCGUGUUCCCAUGGCUAUUGAGCGCGAGGUGGCCAUCCUCAAACUCAUCGAACACCCCAACAUCAUGAAGCUCUAUGACAUCUGGGAAAAUCGUUCAGAAGUGUAUCUCAUCCUCGAGUACGUCGACCAAGGAGACUUGUUUACAUUCAUCAACUUGAAGGGGAGGUUGAGUGAAGAGGUCUCGAUUUACUUCUUUCGCCAGAUGAUCAGCGCCAUCUCGUACUGUCACUCGUUCAACAUUUGCCAUCGAGACCUUAAGCCCGAGAACAUUUUGAUCAGCGCCGAUCUCCAGAUCAAGAUUGCAGAUUUCGGCAUGGCUGCCCUCCACCAAACUGACACCCACCAACUCGCCACGGCUUGCGGUAGCCCUCACUAUGCAGCACCCGAACUUCUCAAGAACAGACAGUACCGUGGAGACAGGGCAGACAUUUGGAGCAUGGGCGUCAUUCUCUACGCCAUGCUCUCCGCCACCCUCCCCUUUGACGAUCCCGAUCUUCGCGCCAUGAUGAACAGGACGAAAAAGGGACAAUAUGAGAUGCCAAGUUUCCUGAGCCCUGAGGCAGAGGACCUCAUCCGGUGUAUGCUGCAGGUCAACCCUGACCGACGCAUCACCCUCAAGGAGAUUUGGCGUCACCCUUUGGUUCAGAAGUAUGCAUAUCUCGAUAAACUCGGAGACCUCAACGAACAGUUGCCCGACACACGUAAAGGGUUCCAGUACAACCCGGUACCAGCCAAGGAUGUGGAUCCCCAGCUUCUCCGUCAGCUGCGGUCCAUGUGGCACAUGUUCAGUGAGAGUGAUCUCAAGCUGAAGUUGACAUGCGAUGAACCUAAUGAUCAGAAAGCCUUCUACUGGUUGUUGCACAACUACCGAGAGAAGCAACUGGAAGACUUCAAGCCCGAGUUGGCUCAUUCCAUGAGCGACUACCACCACAUGAAGCCCAGCGUAUGGAAGAAGCGUACGGGUUCCUACGCCAGCCAGGCCUCAAGGCUUCGAAGUGGUUCAAAUGCACGUCGUGGGCGGAUGGCUUCAGUCCGGAACUCUACUACAGGUCGCCUUCAGUCUUCUCGGGGCUCAAUGUCGUCUCUCCACAGCAGCCGACAGGGAACUCCCAUCGCACACAGCCUACGACACAAACGAGGUGUCGACUUUACCCACGUGCGGAAGCGGUCGACCUCGACCACCAGGAACCGUAACGUUGCCACGCCGCCAUACGUGACUGAGCAGGGAUCGACCUACCAACUAGAAAUGGUUCGAUCACAGACACCUGAAGUUCCAAGCCUGCCCAGUGGCAUGCUACCCAAGCCGACACGCCAGCCAGAUCCUCAAGCCACCCCUCGGGCUAGUGUUGAGACCGCAAUUGGAUCGAGAUAUGCGUCAGAGAUCUUCAAGGAAGAGCUGCGGCAUUUCAGUAGCAACAUUGCCAAGGACUGCGAUGAGGCUUUCAAGAGUUCACUCAUGGAGGAGGACUCCAUCGCCGGUUCUCUCACUGAGCCAGACCGGACUACCUAUGAGUCGACGCCGUUCUCGUUGACGAUCGAUACUCCAGGUGGCUCAAUCACGGAGCUGGACGAUGUGAACAAGUCUUACAGUACUCGCCCGCUACCUCCUCUGCCAUCCCCGAUGGACGAAUACGAUGGCAGCUCGCUAGCACCAACGCCCAUGGGAUCUCGCCCGACUACAGGGGACUCGCACCUUGAGGAGCUGCGAGCAGACCAAGUCAAGGUGGCACAGCCAGUUGUGCUUACCAGACACGCCGAGCGGCGAGUUGUUUCAGCACCAACUUACUCUCAGAGACACAAGAAGUCGGCUGGUCUGCCAUCAAUCAACGAGGCUGGGGCUUCCAACGACAAAGCUCGUAUCGUGUCAGCGCCUCCACACACUCCAACCAGGAACGGAGGCCAUAAGGAUCGCGGCAUGGAAUACCUGAGCAGAGUCGAAAACAGCAUCCGUGUCGUGCACUCGCCAAGCGACCAGAGCCCCGUCAAGAUUCCCGAGCCACUCAACCCCUCGUCAUACGAUGUCCAAGUGGUGAUGAAGAAGAAGAAGUCGUCUUGGUUCAAGAGGUCUUCCAAGGUCGGAUCAGAACAUAGCCGGGAGUCAGCGGAAUGGCAGGAUUGCAACUCGUACAUGACCACUAGCGACGGUAAACGAAGCGAUUCCACCUCGACUGAAGCUCCUGCCAAGAAGAAGACAUUCAGCUUCAGCUUCUGGAAGAGCAACAAGCAGAGAGACUCGAUCAUGUCUAUCGGUGGACCCGAUGACAGAGAACCUUCAACUACGGAUGUACUUGCCGUGAGCAAUGAAACCAACCAUUUCAAGGCACCGCAGCCCAAAUGGCACGAAUCUGGCUCUGGGCCAGUUCGUAAUAUCGAGGUGAAGCAGAAUUGGCUGGCACGACUAUUCCGAGUCAAGCCAGCCAUGAGCCACCUUUGCAUGGCCAUCUCGAGAAAGCGAGCACGACAAGAGGUUACUAUCCUCCUGCGGGAGUGGCGCAAGUAUGGCAUUCGAGGCAUCCAGGUGGACAAGCAACGAAACAUUGUCUUUGCACGGGUUGCGGCUAAGAACUAUCUCAACCUGAAGGAAGUGUCAUUCGCUGCCGAGGUGAUGAUGGUGAUUGAGCAUGGUAAGAAGCAACCGCUCAGCAUCAUCCGAUUUACCCAAGAGCGGGGUGCGGCAAGCAGCUUCCACAGGGUCGUGGAUACGAUGGGAUUGAUCUUUGAGACCCGGGGUCUGCUUGUUGCGGACAGGAACAAGCAAAAGAUGAUGAUCAAGACGCUCAACUCGGGAAGUUAG